AUGGACAGCUCAUCAACACCGCUCACUGCCGAUCCACGGGUACUAUUUCUCAAGUCCUUUGCCCGUGAUUACAAGGCACUCAACACCGCUUUGUCCGGCGUCUUGACUGGCCUGCGCGCGCUAAACGAACAACCAACACCCAGUAUGGAACUUGAACAGCGCGUUCAAACAAUGGUAACUGAGACUCGCCGUCAUGCGACGACUGUUAAGGAGCUGAUGAAUGGGCUCGACCGGGGUUUGGCAGUCGCGAAGGACGCAGAAUCCCGGAGGAAGCGAGGGGCAGUCGACACUUUGAAUGCUACACGCGAGAUCAAGCGGUCGCGAACCAGAUCUCGGUCAGAAGGCGACAUAACGUACGGUAGUGCAGCACAAGUCCGUUCACAGACCAAACGGCCCGCUUCAGAUUAUCAACGCGGUGGAAUUGGCUCUCAGCAGGAGAUAACGCAGUUCUGCUCAGAGGAGCCCUUGCCUUUCGCCUCAACAGAAGCCCCACAGAGCUUAGGGUCUCGGCCAAACAUUCCGGUGGAUACAGCAUUUGAGGAGACUUCGGAUGGUAUCCGCAUUUAUGGACCGAUCUCAAGCAUCAAUCAGAUCGCAAAGGUGGCGGUCGAUCCACCGUCGGAGCUUUUUGCUACUCGGCGUUCAAGCGUCGACCAGGAGGAACAGUGUGGCCGGUCAGCUGGGGAAUGA